UUUUGCUCCUCAUUCCUGUGACUGCCUUUGGCCUAGGGACGUGGCAGGUCCAGCGUCGGAAGUGGAAGCUACAGCUGAUCGCAGAGCUGGAGUCUCGAGUUAUGGCCGAGCCAUCCCGCUGCCCGCAGACCCGAUGGAACUGAAGAACCUGGAGUACAGGCCAGUGAAGGUCAAGGGGCACUUUGACCACUCCAAGGAGCUGUACAUGAUGCCGCGGACCAUGGUGGACCCAGCCCGGGAGGCCCGGGAGGCUGGCCGGCUCUCGUCAGCACCUGAGAGUGGUGCCUACGUGGUUACUCCCUUCCACUGUACUGACCUGGGAAUCACCAUCCUGGUAAACAGAGGGUUUGUGCCCCACAAGAAAGUGAACCCAGACACGCGGAGUAAAGGCCAGAUCGAGGGAGAAGUGGACCUAAUCGGGAUGGUGAGGCUGACAGAGACCAGAAAGCCCUUCAUUCCUGAGAAUAAUCUGGAGAGGAACCACUGGCAUUACCAAGACCUGGAGGCCAUGGCCAGGCUCACAGGCACAGAGCCCAUCUUCAUAGAUGCCGACUUCAAGAGCACAGUCCCUGGAGGACCUAUGGGAGGGCAAACCAGAGUCACCCUGAGGAACGAGCACAUGCAGUACAUCAUCACCUGGUAUGGACUCUGUGCAGCCAUGUCAUACCUGUGGUUUAAGAAAUUCCUAAGAUGGACUCCUGGUGUGUGA